AUGAUUUGGCAAAAGUGGAUAAAGCCUGUAUUUAUUGCAUUUUACACUAUCGCUCUAUGCAUCGGUCUCCCUUUCUGUAUUGUCGCCUUGAAGCCUAUAUCAACCAAUUCUAUGACAUUUGCUUGGUUUAUUGGAGGCCUUUUCGUUCUUGGUGCUAUUCCAAUUUCAAUUUGGACUAUUCUAGAACAUUUAAUCAGUUAUACGAAACCAUAUUUACAACUACAUAUCAUUCGCAUCUUGUGGAUGGUUCCCAUAUAUGCCGUUAAUGCGUGGUUUGCUCUUCGUUUUCCCGAGUAUGGUAUCUACUUUGAUACACUACGAGAGUGCUACGAGGCUUAUGCGAUUUAUAAUUUUUUAACCUUCCUUUUAAACUAUCUCCGUCGAAAAGAUGCCAAUUUGGUCAACCACUUGGCUAUCGUUCCUCAAGUAAAACAUCUUCCACCACCUUUUAUUGAACAUUGUCGCCAUGGUGUACUACAGUAUACUGUUAUUCGUCCAAUUACGACAAUUGUUGCUUUAAUCUGUGAAGGGGCCAAGGUUUAUCAGGAGACCAACUUUAGUCCAAAAUACGCCUACCUCUACCUCACUAUAAUCAAUAACAUCUCCCAGAUUUGGGCGCUUUACUGUUUAGUCUUAUUCUACCAAUGCACGCGAGCAGAGUUGAAGGAAAUGAAGCCUAUUUCGAAGUUCAUUUGUGUUAAAUUUGUUGUCUUUAUGUCAUUCUGGCAAUCAGUUCUAAUAUCCAUCCUCGCCGCAACAGGUGUUAUUCGGCGAGUUGAGGCAUGGAAACUUGAGAAUGAACGAUCGAUUUGCAUUAACUUUUUGGUGUGCAUAGAAAUGUUUAUAGCCGCAGUGGGUCACCACUUCGCCUUCACGGCGGCCCCCUAUCAAGACGCCAGUGCUCCAAGAACGUCUUGUUGUUACUCUUGGUGGUCAAUGCUGGAUAUAUCUGAUGUUAAACGCGACGUUGUCCAACACGUUCGACAUGUUGGUACCACUGUGGGUUUCAUCGGAUCAGAUAGUCGGAUCUUCCGUCAAAUUCCUCGUGCCGAUGUUAUACCAGGGCUCGCCCGCUCUCCAGCCUCUUUCUUGGGUCAAAGGAGUUUCGUAGGCUCCAACAGCCUAGCAACCAGUCGAAUCCACACUGGCACUAAUGAUAUCGAAUCCCAACCCCUAAUCGGCGAUGGAGACAGUGGCGACGAAGCGUUGCCAGAUCGUCGAAAUCAACGACUUCCCAACUUUUCUGAUCGUCUGGCUCCUGACACUCCGUGGAAUGAUGAUGAUGAUGAUGAGGGGGGUAGUUCAGUAGGCGGAGGCAACUUUGUCGACGCCCCGGAAAAUGUCGAAUUUCGUGGUCAACGGCGGCGACGGGGCGGUGGAAGUGAUAGUGACGAUGAUGCCGGCUUCGUUUUCGUCCGACCGGAAUUCAUUAGUGUGCCCCAGGAGUCUCCCGAACUGUAA